UUGGUUCCAUCGCACGUCGAUCGUUCUUCCUUCGCCACGCUCGGUCGCACUUCGCACGCUCGGGCCUCUUGCAGCUGUCAAGCUCCAACGCAAGCGUAAUCCACCGAUUGUUGGCAUACGCAGCAAAAAUGGCUAAGCCUGCUGUGAGCAAGAAGUCGGCCAAGGCAGCCUCCAAUGGAGGCCCCGUGAAGAGGAAGAAGAAGGCGAAGAAGGACCCCAACAAGCCCAAGGGCGCAUCGUCUGCAUUCAUGCAGUUCUCGCAAAAGGAGCGAGCAGUGGUUAAGGAGGAAAACCCCGACAUGAAGGUGACGGAGAUCAGCAAGCUGCUCGGGGCGCGAUGGAGAGAGAUGGACGACAACGACAAAGCGCCCUUCCAGAAGAAGGCAGACAAGGACAAGGCGAGGUACCAGAAGGAGAUGGCGGCGUACAACGCGAAGAAGGCUGCCGAGCCCGCCUCCGAAGAAGAAGAGGAGGAGGAGGAAAGCGACGAGGAGAGCGACUGACCACCGAAAACGAAAACACGCGCUCGCGGGCGCCGUCAGAGGAGGUCAUCCCCUUGCAUCGCCUCGGCCUUUGGUAGACCUUCGGUUGGCGUGCGGCGGCCGCAUGCACCAAGACCUCGUGCUUUCAAUCUCGUGAGCAGGUUUUGUACGUCUCAGCGAGAGACGGGUCGGCGCUGGAUCUCACCGCCGGUGUAAGCCUGACUGACUUACUGACUGCAGCUUGUUCUGGUUGGAGUUGUGCAAUCGUUGGGGUUGCUGCUGCUGCUGCUGCUUAGAGCAUGUGCCGUGAACCGGUACAAGAGAGACAGCGCGCUCGUUCCGAAAGGAGGGCACUCAAAUAUGGUUUUAUCCGAGAAACAACAAUGAGAUGAUUUUGAGUGAGUGAUGUCGUGUGGUAUAACAUAUAUUAGCAUUGAUUUCCCGCGACUCAUUCUUGGCGGAGGGCAGCGGGGGGGUGGCGGAGAUCUGAGGAGCACGAUUUUUGUGCAGCAUUCUUGUAGGGUAGGACGGACUUGGAGCCGGCACGUAUCUUGGAACAUUUGUGUUCGGGAAGAGGCGGCUUGGAGUCGAACGGGAGGAAGUGCGGGGUGUUCCAUGUACAUUUCUCGUCCGAAAAGCACCCCCCUCCCGUACGCUCGCUCCGCCGAGGAAGAUGUCGGAUGUGCAGGGGGGCAGGGGGGCAUGACCGCUUUGGGCGCCGUGUUGGACGUGGGUUUUUCGACAGGGAGAGGACAAAAGAGGGUAUAGUCCGGUAUUGUAGUUUUGUCAACAGCGGUAGUUUUUACGUCGGUAGAGUGUUCAUGGGUCGAAUACCAGCGCGGUUAUGCAGCUGAGACGGCGUCGGUGUCAAGUGUUGACUCACCAACACUGCCGCCGGGAAAUAAGUUUUGGAAACUGAACAAAAAAACGCGUGUACAAACAUGCAAUGAACAACAAAAAUUGCACAUCAUGUUUGAGCAUAUGGUCCAGCCGAUUUUCGGUGACGUGUCAGAGGCGCACAUCGCCGUGCUGUCGUGCCUUCGCAGGUCACCGUGCGUCCCUU